AUGUCACAAAAUCAGAGUCACGAUCCUCAUCAUAAUGAGGGAGAUGCCAACAAGGGUAUCGAGAGAGAUAAUCCUGAUGGCUCUCUACGCUGCCCACUCUUUCGAGAGGAUACCGAUGAGUUGAUCGAUGAAGAUGGGACUGUGUACGAAAUGUGGAUUGAUGAAGAAGAAUGGAAGAAGGAACAGAGAGCUCGUCUAAAUGCCGUUUUGGACUCUCGCAUUGCCUUGUUUCAAGCCUCUCUCACUGAGUCUUCCGAUAAUGCUCCAAGAAUAACGAAUACCUCGGCUGGCAUGCCGUCCGUGACAACGACUGCCGAUAUGCCUUCAGUGCCAUCACCUGGCAUCUUGACAUCCAUGAAUAUUCCUUUCACCGAGGAAGACGUUCCCUUACAAGCUGUGUUAGAUCCAGAGCCAGAUAAUUAUAAUCCAAUGGCCUCUAGUGGUGAGGAAAAUCCGCGUCCUUUAUCAGAGAUAUUUUUCUUUGGAGGCUAUAACUAUAAUACUGCACUGGAGGACCGUCACUAUAAUCUUGAAGACGAGGAUGAAGACGAGGAUGAAGAUGACGACGAAGACUACAGUGACGACUACAGCGACGAUAGUCUCGAGAUUGAUACUGAGAGCGAGGAUGAUGACGAAAAUGAGAGUGGAGACGUCAGUGAUGAUUAUUCCGACCCCGGGGGUAAAGAGGGAAGUCUAAAUGCGGACAGAGUAGUGGCUACUCCUAAUAUUUUCCUAAACAAUCCAAUCAUUCUUGCUCUCUAUCAAUGGAUAUUCGGAAUCCGGCUCGAGGAACGGAGGCCCGUUGAAAUAUCUACUGAUAAUUUGUGGGACGUAAUCAGUAAAAUGAUUUUCACUAUCGCUGUUUGCAUGUGGUGGCUGUUCCCAGAAAAGCUAAAAGAGAAAUUAAAAGCUCGUUGUGCUGAUUAUCUCGCUUCUGGAGCUGGUAGCCCGAGCACGGUCGUUGAGCAGGAGACUCGUUUAGAAGAGGGUGAGGAUGAAAAUGAGAUUUCUUUGGAGAAUGAAACUCAUUUAGAAGAGGAUGAGGAUCAAAACGAGAUUUCUUUGGAGAAUGAAGAUGAUGAAGAUGAUGAAGAUGAUAGUGGAGGUUAUGAGGGAGAUAAUGAGGAAAGUAAUGAGGGAGGUAAUUAUAGAGGCGAAGGGAUAAAUCUAUGGAUAGAACUUGAAGACUAUCAAAAAUUUGAAGAAGAAGAGGAGGAGGAGGAAGAAGAAGAAGAAGAAGAGGAGGAGGAGGAUGAGGAGGAGGAGGAGGAAGGAGAAGGAGAAGAAGAAGAAGAAGAAGAAGAAGAAGAUGAUGAUGAUGAUGAUGAUGAUGAUGACGAAGAAGAAGAACGAAACAUCAACGAUUUCUGGGGACCAUGGGUCUUCCCUCUGGGAAACGUCAUAGGGGAGGAAGAUAUUUGGGGGGUAGAGAUUCCAGAUCAGCGGGAGGAAGAGUUUAUUUUCCCUGAGGAAUGUCCAAGGGAUCUAAGGAUUUCGAAGUUUUCACGCAGAAGAUAUUGUAGGAGAUUUGGGGGGUUUCGUCUUUUGUUGUAUAGGGGUUAG